AUGGUAUUAGGGAAGGAUAUUUCUCCCAUAGCAGAGAUCGGAGCGCACUGGACUGACAGUCCUGACGCCAUCACCUUACCUGUCACCCUGAAUGACGCAAACCUCCCUGACGCCAUCACCUUACCUGUCACCCUGAAUGAUGCAAACCUCCCUGACGCCAUCACCUUACCUGUCACCCUGAAUGACGCAAACCUCCCUGACGCCAUCACCUUACCUGUCACCCUGAAUGAUGCAAACCUCCCUGACGCCAUCACCUUACCUGUCACCCUGAAUGACGCAAACCUCCCUGACGCCAUCACCUUACCUGUCACCCUGAAUGAUGCAAACCUCCCUGACGCCAUCACCUUACCUGUCACCCUGAAUGACGCAAACCUCCCUGACGCCAUCACCUUACCUGUCACCCUGAAUGAUGCAAACCUCCCUGACGCCAUCACCUUACCUGUCACCCUGAAUGAUGCAAACCUCCCUGACGCCAUCACCUUACCUGUCACCCUGAAUGAUGCAAACCUCCCUGACGCCAUCACCUUACCUGUCACCCUGAAUGAUGCAAACCUCCCUGAUGCCAUCACCUUACCUGUCACCCUGAAUGAUGCAAACCUCCCUGACGCCAUCACCUUACCUGUUACCCUGAAUGACGCAAACCUCCCUGACGCCAUCACCUUACCUGUCACCCUGAAUGAUGCAAACCUCCCUGACGCCAUCACCUUACCUGUCACCCUGAAUGACGCAAACCUCCCUGACGCCAUCACCUUACCUGUCACCCUGAAUGAUGCAAACCUCCCUGACGCCAUCACCUUACCUGUCACCCUGAAUGACGCAAACCUCCCUGACGCCAUCACCUUACCUGUCACCCUGAAUGAUGCAAACCUCCCUGACGCCAUCACCUUACCUGUCGCCCUGAAUGAUGAAAACCUCUCUGACGCCAUCACCUUACCUGUCACCCUGAAUGAUGCAAACCUCCCUGACGCUAUCACCUUACCUGUCACCCUGAAUGAUGCAAACCUCUCUGACGCCAUCACCUUACCUGUCACCCUGAAUGAUGCAAACCUCUCUGACGCCAUCACCUUACCUGUCACCCUGAAUGACGCCAUCUUCCCGUCUCCCAUCCUGUGA